UUUGUCAUUUAGUUAAUGAUUAUUGGUCAUGGUCAUGUAAGUUUUAUUAACUUGACUUGACUCAUCGAAAAAGUAUGCCUUGGGGGACAUGCGCAAUUUGACCACUUUCGUGCGGGCAUCCCUACAAAACAACGUUCCCCAUCUGCUUUUUCACUCCCCGGCCAUGCCUUCUGGAUUUUGAUCUUUUCAAAUGACGUCAUCUGCCACAUUUUCUGACUCACUCAUCCUUCGGAGAGUGGUUGUUUUUAUUUCGCUUCGAGACGGCCUUGCGUCCGGGAGUGUGCCGACCUCAACUCUGGAUGAUAGUAAUUCUGUUAUAUUUGUGAUGAGUAUUUCUGAUUGCUUUCUUCACUUCCGUUUGGUUUUCACACAUCAUUCGCAUGAUUUAGAUUGUGGUCAGAAAUCGUCUGCUUGAAACAAUAGAAAAUGUUAAGUAGUAGGCUUUAUUUUCAGCAUUUGUUUUAAUCGAAUUAUUGUUUUAAUAUUUGAUAAUUCAGAUGUUUAUGAUGUGUAGAAUUAUGAAGAUUAUUUGUUCGACUCAAUUGUAUUAUUUAUAUUAAUAAUGAGCGGAAGUUUCAAGAAUUUUGUUUAGUCUGUUACUUUUAUCAGUGAGAAAUCGUUUGAUUCAUUUGGCCAGCUGCAAAAUUGAAUUUUGUUCCUAGAAGUGGUAGGAAGGAAUUAGUAUCAUAACGAAUCAUAAUGUUAAUACCUCUUUCAUUGGAAGUAUCCUUAUCAGUUUUUUAUUUUAUGUUUUAUUACUUGGUGACCAAUGAUGAAAACCGUAUCGACCGAAGCAGAUGCUACCACCAGUACUGCUCCAACAACUUAUGCUAGGAAGCCAUUUAAAUUGCUCCAAAAUUUGCAGCAUUGCCAAAUAUUUGUUAAAUCCAAGAUGGCUUUCUCUUCUUCCGCUAUAAAAUCCAUUGCAAAUCGACCAAAAAAGGUAGAAUCGAUUACCUGCCAGCCGAAAGAGCCAAAUGCACAAGGAAGUAGACCCCGCGCAUCAAGUAUUUCAUCUCGCCAAAAGAAUGCGGUGAAUAUUAGGUCUAUACCUAAAACAAACGGUGUUGCUCAAAGGCGAAGCAUGCAGCUUGAUUCAAAAACAAAAAUUUUGGAUUCGGCCAAUGACAAUACUAAUCCAGUUGGGAGCCUAACCUCUUCGCCUAAGUGGUCUCAUAUUAAAAAUAAAUUUGAAAAUGGGUCAGCUACUACGAAAAGUAAGUUUGAAAAAACUACGUCAUCUGUUAAAGAUGAUGAAACGGAUGUAAAAAAGCAAACUAAUUCCAAAAUCUUGAACUCUCUUGUUCCUGAAGUUCACUUAGGUGCUUGUAAGGCUAAGGUUUGUGGAAGGACUGAAUUAAAAAAAGUUAAUGAUUCAUCUGUCACAAAAUCUGCUAGCACGCCACGUGUGGUAUCUCCCAAGGCUUCCUAUGAAAAACGAAAGACUGAAAGUACCACUGUCAAACUCUUAAACUGCAAAGAUAAAUCUAAGCCUAGAUGUAGUUCACCAAAAAAUUCAUUUACAAAUACUGCUAAUGUAUCGCAUUUACAUUCGUCUGUUACUAAAACAUCUCGUUUAAAUUCUACUACGAACAAACUUUCAUCCCUUCAUGCUAGUAGUUUAUCAAAAACUUCACACUCCAGAACUUCCUUGACGAACUCCUCUGUGUCUCUUUCGAGCAAUUCUUCUAAGAAUUCUGAACUUGAUACGAAUUCUGUAAAGAAAUGUUCUAUAUCUUCUGUCUCUUCUGAGCUUUCUGAUAUCGACAUUCCAUCCAAUGAAACCUUAAACGCCAAAUCGACAUUAUUGUCUAAAAGUUCCUGUGCUAGUACCUUUUCAAGCGAUUUAGCUGUGAAUUCUAAAUUAGGCGAAUUAGAAACGAACUCUUUAAACUCCAAUUCUUAUCCCUCCACGACUAGCAAUACAAGCUACAAGCCAAAUUUAUACCGAGUUAAACAAAAGCAUGACGAUAAACCUAUCCUAACUUUUAAUCGAUCAGAUCAACGUGACGGUGCUAAAUCAAUCAAAAGCAAGUUAGUGAGAAAUUCAGUUACUUCUAAUGAAAAGGAAACUGUUCAUACUAAUAUUUUAAAUAGGGAUAAAGUAUCUAAGAUUUCAAACCCGUCCAACAAACAAAACACUAUUUUACCGGUUGAUGAUCAAAUAGAAAAAAUAAAAGAGGUGGUAAAAAAUUCUCAAUCGAGCUCUAAGACAGUAUGGGUAAAGAAUGAAGCUGGAAAUUGGAUGAAAAAAGGUAACGCUGAAAAUACUACGGGUUCCGGAAACACCAUUAGUCAAUCUAAAGUGGCUAGUUUGAGAAGCAAAUUUCUUGAACCCACUAAAGAAACGAGCACCCCAUUAACGAAAUCUGUUACAACUUCAAGUGUUCCAUCCAAAACUGAGUUCAGCCGUCCUUUAGCCAAAUCUAGUACUACAAGUAGUAUUUGUGAUAAAUCUAUCUUAAAAGACAUUAUUAAUGAAAAGAGUCAAGCUAUCAACAUAAAUGCGCCAAAUAGCCAAGAUACCUCAAACGCGGCAUCAGCAGUUGGAAGAAAUUCUUUAGAUGGAGAUAAAUCAUUGAACAUUGUUCAAAGAGCGAUACUCAGUUUUGAAGGCAGUUUAGCUCUUCUUUCACCAGAAUCACAAAGACGGUUAAAGCUAGUUAAUGAAAAAGUCCAGGCUCAAACCGAUGACGUCAAAAUUCUAAAGGCCAGAAAAAAUGAAUUUACAAAAACAAAUAUAGGUGCUAAAAAUGUGCAAAAGGACAAGUCUCCAAGUACUUCAAAAACUGACAUUAGUAAAGUCGUUGGUGAACCCCUCUUAUCAACUCGGAGUUUCUUAACUAAAUAUCAGUUAACUAAUAAACCAAUAUCGAAGAAUCAAAAGUCUAGCUUUAAGUCUUAUGUUAAAGACGAAGAAACACUUAAAAAUACGAAGCAAAUCUUGAAUUCAAGUAGCUUAGUUGGCGCAUCUAAAAAGUUUCCUUUAGAAAAACAAAGAAUUGCAGAUAAAGGGCAAGAAACUAAAGAACAAAACUGUAAACCAAAUAGCUUACCCACAACUUCUAAUUCAAGUCCAACGUCUCUUAAACAAAACUCAGCAGAUAGUUCUCCAAAAUCGAAUACAGAGAAUGAAUAUACUCUUCAACCGAAUCCUUCUUUUCUUUGGUGUCGCUCCCGAACUGCAUCAAGCGAUCUCUCAAAAAGCAGUACUACUUCAACUGUUUCACUCACAAGCUCUGACUACAGAAAUUACUACGAUGUUCAAAAUUACUAUUCAACUUUAGACUUAGAAAUUGAAAAGGCGAGUGACAUUUCUGAGGAACCCAUUUACAUUGAUUCUCAGGAUUCUAACAGCAGUGAUUAUUAUACAACAUCUGGUCGGCUUCCGUACCAAAACAUUCCACCAAAAGCUCAAUCAAAAAUUAAAAGUUCUGCCCCAAAAGAUGAGUGGUCUGAUGGCAGUGAUGAUGAUUUCAUAAAGAGUAGCCUUUCUAACAACGAAAUCAGCACUGUAAGAAGAAGGAGAAAUAAACGAUCUUCUAGUCAAAAAGAGAGCCAGCAAAAUUUUCAGAAUAUCAAUGGUGAUAAACGACAUUAUAGCACAGACACAAUUUCCUUCACCGAUUCCAGUGAUACACUGAUAAAUGAUGAGGUUCAGAAUGAAAGUACAUAUGAUCUAGGAGAUUCGAACCACUUUUAUGAACCCGUUUACGAAAGCCUUGGAAAUUAUUUGCGUGAUAAAGAAGAUCCAGAUGAGAACUGCAGCAUAUCUCUGUCUCCAGACGACAAAGAUGCCGCGGACAUCAUGCAGUGUUCUCUCACAAGCUUAGAAUCAGUCGCUAGCUCUAAGUUGGACAAGGAUGAGACCCACGAAGCCAAACAAAAGAAAGGUGGGAACCCUAUAAGCCAAAUCAAAAGACAUUUAUCGUGGACCAAAAAUGACAUUCGCUUAGAACUUUCUUCAAAAUCUAAUAAAAUAAAAAUAAAAAAGAACGGACAAACCUCAACGGAAAUAGGCGUGAAAGUUCAAGAGCAUGGCUCAGUUAAUACUUCUCCCAAAAAGAAGACAUUCAUCAAGUGUAUUCUGCGACAGAAGAGCGCGAGUAGCAUACCAGUGAAGAGAUCACCAUCGCCAAAAAAAGAAAGUGCUAUGUUUUAUGUACAUUUGACUAUGGGCCGCGAAAAGCAAAGACCAUACAGUGAUUCCGUUGUAGACGACGAGUCUUCCAAAGAUCUUGAUCAAAAUACUUUGAAGGCCAGGAAACAAUCCGAGCCAAUUUUGCAACAACAGAUUAGUUGCAAAGAUUUUGUCCAGCGUCCUCGAUUUAGGAAAGUUUCUUGCGUUCCACGGGUACAGCGACCCAAAACUCCACCUCCGUUGCCACCGCUGACGCAAAACAAAACUGAAAAUGGGAAAGAAGAUAUUUCUCCAAUUGCAUUCAUAGAUGAUGUGUCUCCUGCAUUUGAUUCUCAUUUUUACACUUGUUUAGAUCCAGAAUAUUUCCAAAAUCAGGAAGAAGCAUCUACUAAACAUGAAAACAAUGUUUUCCAGUCUCAACACUCAAAUACAAAUAGCAGGAUCUCAAAUUUAUUAUCAAAUAAAGAAGAUAAUGAUUCUGUUUCCAGUGGUACUCCCCCUCAGUACCGUAAGAAAAUGGACAUCUUGGAGUUCUCAAAAUUCAAAUCAUCUCACACAGAGCUUUUAAAAUCUCCCUUCGAAGAAGAGCCCAUGUAUCAAUUUUACCAGAGAGAUGUUCAGCAGAGAGCUACCCUUGGAUAUUCAGCCGAUGUUUCUGAAUCCGAGUUCGAAGAUGACGCCUCCAGCAAGUUUUCCGAUUCGGAUUAUCUUCCUCCUUCUCGUCCACCCGUUCUACAGUCUCAGUUAUCAGCCAUGGAUUUGGUACAUGGAGAAGGCGGCCAAAGGACCCUCUGGUGUGAGGUUCCUGAAGUGGUGGAAAGUGGAAUUCUGAAACAAAUAUCAUCAAGUGAUCGAAAAAUUCAAGAAGCUAUGUUCGAGGUGAUAACAUCGGAAGCGUCGUAUCUGAAGAGUCUGAACUUUCUUAUAGAACAUUUUGUCCAAUGUCCAGAUUUCGAUGGUACUCACACAAAUGUUCUUGAUAAGAGAGAAAGACAUGUCCUCUUUUCUGAUAUUCAGCCUGUGAGAGAUGUCAGUGCUCGCCUUCUAGCUGAUUUGGAGAAAAGAUGGCUAGAGAAUAUUGUUCUGAGCAAUAUUUGCGACAUAGUAUGCCAGCAUGCUAGUAGUUAUUUUUCUGUUUACGUUAAAUACUGUUCCAACCAACUUUAUCAAGAAAGGACUUUAAAGGAACUUAAAGAAAAGAAAACAGAAUUUGUUACUAAACUGAAACAAUUAGAAUCCAGUUCUGCUUGCCAAGGAUUAGACAUGCAUUCAUUUCUGAUGCUUCCAAUGCAGAGAAUUACACGCUUACCUUUGUUAAUUGAUGCCAUUUUCCAUAGACUACCUCUAGAAUCUCCGAUCUAUGACAGUUGCAAAAUGGCGUUAGCAACUGUGAAUAAGCUUGUAGCUGAGUGUAACGAGGGCGCCAGAAAGAUGGAACGGAUGGAGGAGAUGUUGGUCAUCAGUCAACACUUAGAUUUUAGAGAUUGCAAGGGUUUAGGGCUUCUAUCAGCUUCCCGUUGGCUUGUUAAGAAGGGAGAGCUUGUUCAGUUGAUGCUGGAUGGUUCUUCCAGAAGAACAUUUGGCCGUAGUACUCGAUGGUGCAAGAUUCAACUUUAUUUAUUCCUCUUCACGGAUUUGUUAGUGGUAACAAGGAAAAAGAGUGAUGAAAAUUAUUCUGUUGUUGACUUUUGUCCCAGAAACAUGCUUGAAGUUUUAAACAUGGAUGAAAAUAUGCCUCCAUUACCAAUGCGUUUACCAUCUAGUUACAGAAAUAUCUUUCGAUUGACAUUGCUGCAUAACAAAGAAGGAAAAGAAGCUGAAAUGUUUUUAAGCUGCUUGUUAGAGAGUGAUCGUACAAGAUGGAUGGAUGCUUUAAUGCCUCCAAAAUCUGAAAAUCCAGAUGAAAAGAUAUAUGAAAAAUGGGAAUGCAAACAAGUGCAAUGCAUACAUGUUUAUAAUGCUCAACAACCAGAUGAACUGUCUUUGGAAGAAGCAGAUGUGGUGAAUGUCUUCAGGAAAAUUACUGGUUGGUUUGAAGGGGAGAGAAUUCGUGAUGGCGUGCAAGGAUGGUUCCCAUGCUCACAUGUGAGAGAAAUAGUCAAUUCUCACGUGAUAGCUCGUAAUUUGAGGCAGAGAUAUAGACUUUUGAUGCUUUCUCGACAAUAUCUAGAGGAACAAUACAAAGCUCAAGUUGCCCAAUCUAAGAAGUGAAGGUGGAAGUAUAUUUAAUUUCAGGCUUGUUAUAUACACUUGCCCAUUUCAUCUGCCAUAUAGUGUUUGCCAUAUUUUAUGGAUCUUACUAAUAUGUAUAUUUGUAUUUUCGCAUUUGUUUGUAAUUUUAGCUCAUUGGUGUAAUAUUUUUUAAAUAUUUUUUUAUAACUUUGUCUA